CUUUGAACAAUGAUGUUAAUAUCAAAGAUCUUUUGAAAUUGGCAGAGCAAAAGCUUUUAGGUGGAGCUGAGUCACGUAUUACUUCAGAACUAGUUGCUAGAUUCAUAGGGAUACGUGUUCAUGUUUCAGAGGAUCAAUGUCGACUAUUGGUAUUCUAUCCAUCUGAACUAAUAGUUGCUGAGGCUGCUGCAUCACUUAUGCGACAUGAAAUUGUGUUCAGAAAAUUACUCAACUUUUUACUGGAUGCACUGCAUACCGACCAGGCUACUGGAAGUAAAGGAUUAUUAUCAUCAUCAAUGUCAUCACACUUGGAAAACUUGGAAUACAUGAGGGAGUUUGUUUCACAACUGAUUAGAGAUAAUUAUAACGAUUAUAUUCAAGACCUCUCCCAAAAGUUCGCAGAUGGUUUACUUGCAUUUACGCAUUUUAUUCCACUUACUUACACCCCAACCCAAAUAGAAUUGAAGAGUUUAUUCAUUCAUUACACAGCUGUAAUAUGUAAGCGUAAUCAAGCAGGAGUUGACUUGAUACUUCCAGUUCUGUUGGAUUGGGAUGGAUCUAAUACUAUAUCACUUGAUUCAAUUAAACUCUCAAAAGAGUAUGUCUUCAAAGGCAGGAUCACAGAAGUUCGUUUCAAAGUUACAGACCCCACAUUAGGAACAAGUUAUCCUUUACGUGUCAACAUUAAUAAUGUCUCCGGGCAUGUUGUUAAAGUAGAAACUUAUCAGGAGAUACAGAAAUUGAAAGCUGGAUUUUUAAAUCAUUUGGUCGAUAGGGUUCAAUAUACUUGCAACAAACUCACACACCUUAACCAACAAAUGAAUAGCUUCAACCAAGGCAUUAUAAGACUCGAACUUGUGCUUAACGAGAAUAAUAAUUUACAAGAAGUGGAGAAAGCUUCGGAAAUGAAUUCAUUUGGUAUGGAGAUCUUUACUCUUUUUACCCCCAAAUAUCUCAUAGGUAAAAAGAUUAUCGUGUUUGCAAAUGAUAUCAAAUAUCACAUUGGUUCUUUUGAUCUGUUAGAAGAUCAAUUUUUCUACAAAGAAACCGAAUUGGCAAGAUCAUUAGAAUACCUAGAAAAGAAAGGAGAAACACAACAUAAAAUCACUAAUAUUAUUGGAUCAAAAGAUGAGCUUGGUGUUAAAUGUUUAAAUGGUUCAGGAUUUAUCGCUUAG